CUCAUUUUCUGACCUGCCCGCGCUGUAACCGGACGCGUCAAACACAAAUUCCCUAACAAAUUAAAUCAGAGUGUCGCAUAUCGGGAGCCGGAGCGGCAGCAAGCGGCGCAUCGAUGCUGCAUGUGGCCUCUGAACCCAUUGUUGUGUCGCGGCUGACGUCAGUGCCGUGUGUGCGGCAGACGGAGCGGCGUACGCCUGGUGAGACAAAGGCGGCGGAGCGAGCGGGGUCAGGCGGCAGCACCGAGCGGAGCAGAGAAUCACUGGUUUAUAACUCAAAGGGAACUCCCAGCCUCGGGUUUCAGCCACGCUUCUCACUGACGAGACGGAGAAUGAAGACUCAGCGGCCCUCCUAGGAGCGUGCUGUGGCCGUCGGGGAAGACGAAACAACAUCGGUGCCCCCUUUUUGCUUUUUAACGUUUUUUUUUUCCCCUUUCUCCAACGCCCCCCAUUUAGCUCGGCUAGUUAGCUGUCGCGCUAAGCUCAUUGCGCUGCACUGAUCUCCUCCUCCUUUCUUGCUGCUUCUCGUCUUUCCCCCAAGACUGAACGACAGGCGAAGAAAGGAUACCAGCGGUCAGAUAAACUGAAGGUGAGAUCACUCCUAACAAACUGGCAUCCGUGAUCUGAUGUGAGAUCCACGGAGAGACUAUGCCUAGCCCUUUAUUUCACCCCGAGAUAAUGGACCACGACGUGGUGAUCAGCAGCCAGCACAGUGGCGUGGCUCUGCCCCGGGAGACGGACCAGGACUCCCGGGAUGAGGACCACCAAGAAGUUCUCCGUUUCGCCCUGGACCAGCUGUCACUCAUGGCCAUGGAUAAAGUGGACUGUGGGGGCGGCGGCGGUGGAGGCAACGGGCUUGUGGACACUCUGGACGGGACCCAGGGUCCGGGCUCUGAGAGCUGCAACGGCGUGGGUGGAGGGGGCUACGUGGAUUUGCAGAUGUUGGAGCAUCCCAGCGGAUCCCGGGACUCGCCGACGUCCUGCUCUCCGUCUCCGGAGUACUACGGCUCGGGCGGGUACCACAUGGCCGGGUCCCACUCCAUGCUCCACGGGGAACAAAGCUCCGUCCUCUGCAACAGGAAAAGAAGCGUGAACAUGACUGAAUGUGUGCCUGUCCCCAGCUCCGAGCAUGUCGCUGAAAUAGUGGGGAGACAAGGUUGUAAGAUCAAGGCCCUGCGUGCCAAAACAAACACCUACAUAAAGACUCCAGUCAGAGGAGAGGAUCCGGUCUUCAUCGUGACGGGGCGCAGGGAGGAUGUGGAAAUGGCCAAGCGUGAAAUUGUAUCUGCAGCCGAGCAUUUCUCCAUGAUCCGGGCGUCUCGCUGCAAAGCUGGAGGGCCAGGCGGAGGAGGCUCUCUGCCCGGCCCUCCUCACCUACCGGGACAGACCACCAUACAGGUGAGGGUCCCCUACAGAGUGGUUGGUUUAGUCGUGGGGCCGAAAGGAGCAACCAUCAAGCGCAUCCAGCAGCAGACUCACACCUACAUCGUGACCCCCAGCCGAGAGAAAGACCCCGUCUUUGAGGUGACGGGAAUGCCGGAGAACGUGGACAGAGCGAGAGAGGAGAUCGAGACCCACAUUACCCUCCGAACUGGAACCUUUGUUGACCUUCAGGGAGACAACGACUUCCACACCAACGGGACUGACGUUAGUCUAGAAGGCCUCGGCUCCCUCAGCGGGGGGCUCGGAGCUUCUCUCUGGUCCAGAGCAACAAGCCACCACCCUGCCCCUCCCCCUCCUCCACCCUCCCCACCGCCACCUCUUCCCAUGUCCAUGCACCACUCCUCCAGCCGGAAGAUGUCCUCUUCGGUCGCCUAUCACACGCACAACGGCGGCAUGAGCUCAGAUAGCUUCAGCUCCAACAGGAAGCCCACCGAGGGUGGCAGCCCCACCAGUCCUUUCAGCACAGGCUCCAGCAGCGCCGGAGGUGGCUUCACCUUCGGAGGCGAGUCCACCCCAGGACUUGCUUCCGCGGACGAAUUGGGCUUCGAGUUCAGUGCUUCCAACAUUUGGGCGCCUUUUGUCAACGGCGGAGCCGGGAGCAAGACCUCCGCGCCUUCUCAACCGCAGCAGCCCUUGCGCCGCAACAGCAGCGGCCUCAGCGGCGGCGCCAUCACCCCGCGACUGUCUCCGACUCUGCCUCAGGAGACGGGCGUGGGCCCGCUGGACCACCCUCUGGCCCGCCGCGCCCAGAGCGAUCCCCUCAGCACUCUCUCCUGGCUGCAGUCCGGCAGCACGGGCGGCGGCGGCGGCGGCUCCUUCUCGGGCGCGUCCAGCUCCAGCUCUGGCGGCUCGUCGACCGGCUACUCCUCCUGCUCGGCCUCGUCCCUGCCCGGCGGCUCGCCCACCGACUCCGAGGGAGGCGGCAGCAACGUGGGCAUCACCUCCGGGAUGCUGAGCCACCUCAAAGGCAGCUCCGGGGUGGCGGCACUCGUCGGCGUCGGCCCCGGCGUCAACAGGGACUGCUUUGUGUGUUUCGAGAGCGAGGUGACGGCGGCCCUCGUGCCUUGCGGCCACAACCUGUUCUGCAUGGAGUGCGCGGGGCAAAUCUGCCAGUCGGCCGAACCCGAAUGCCCUGUCUGCCACACUCCGACCACACAGUGCAUCCGCAUCUUCUCCUAAUGCCACGGGCAGCUGAGUGGGUGGAGCGGGGUAGGGGUGGGGAGGCAGACGGACACCAGCUGUGGUGGAGGAAAUGGAAGGAAUCACACUAAUAACCUUCACACAGAUGAUGGACCAUAUUAAAUGCAUUAAUAGAGAUGAUGAUACUUUACGGAUGUUGAUAUAUUGCUGAUAACUGUCAAGUUGAAUAAUACCAAUAAUAAUAAUAAUAAUGACUUAUUUUCCGAGGGAAGUGGAUUGAAACUUGUCUGCAGACAGUCGGGGCUCAGACAGUCUCUCAGCGGUGAACUUAUGGAAGGAAACUAGUGUCUUAUAUCUCUUCAGGCCUUCAUUUUGACGUGGAGUGGCCCCCCCUGCGGGCCGCCUGCCCGCCUGUUUGUCUCCACGCGUCUUCAUUCUGGCUUCUUCAGAUCUCUGCCUGCUUUUCUCUCUCUCUCUCUCUCUCUCUCUCUCUUUCUUGCUCUCUCUCUGUCUCACAGCCUUUUUUCCUUUUGACACUUUUGUACUUAACAGAUAUUUUUCGAUAAAGCUGUCAACGAGGCCUGCACUUUUCUACUCCUCAUUUUAACGCCCUCGACUCCCCCAGCCCCCAAUUGUCCUCCGCGCUCUUUCACUCGCUCAUGCUAAAAAAAAUUUUUAAUUCCUUUCGUGACACAAAGUGGAAAUGGUUCUUGGAACAUCCUCAUUCUUUAUUUUUAGGUUGGCAUGUUUGUCAGGCACCUAUUGGAAAACACUACACUUCUCGAGGAACCUCUUCAGGAUGAAUUCUCAAUGCCACACAAUACCUAGCCAUUCGAUAAAUAAGCCAAAUGAUUACUGGGAACAUGCUCUUUGAUUCAGUUUGGUAACACGUUGGGUGAAAUUUGGAUGAGUCCUCGCCGCAUAAUUAGUGUGGCUGUUUAUUAUUGUGUAAUAAGUGAGAAAUGUACCAUUUUUAGCGACGCUGACGGCCUGUGAUUGUGGUCGGUUUGUAUGUUUAGACUGCCUGACAAUCCCUUCACUUCUCGUGUUUGUGUUAGUAUGAUGCCCAAUCGCACCAGUGCGUCAUCACCUGGAGAGGGCGCCGUUUCAUUCGUCUGAUCCAAAUCGUGUCUGUUACACUUAAAUAUACUCGUUUUUAGUGUUUUGUUUUUCUUUUAGUAGUUUGACUGUUGUCUGUGUAGUGUGUGGGUAAGACAUAUUUUGAACUCUAUGACGAGACAGGGCUUUGAUGUCACAUGAGAAUGUUUAGUCCAAUACGGUUUAGGAGAGAAGACGAACAAGGGACUUGAAUUUUAGUUUUCACGCACUGUAAUCCCUUUGUUAAAAGAAAAACAAAAAAGAGAAACAGCUCUUACUGUUUUCGUUUCCGUCUUCCACCCCUCUCGGACAGCAAAGCUGUCUCUCUCAGAUGACACUGUUGUACCUAUAGAUGGAUUCAACGUCACUCCACUUCCUUCUCCCCCAAAUGGCUCCUCCCCCUUUUGGGGGCGGUGGUGGAGAUGGAACAGUUUGAAUGGGAGUAAAUGGGUCUCUUGAGGGGCUUAUAUAGUGAUAAAAGUAUAAAAUAAACCAAUGUUGAAUGUUGGCUUUAGGUGUUGUACCUUCGGAGACGUAGGUUGGCAAUUCUGUACAGAAAACCUUUUAGGUUAAUAGGCCUAAAUAUCGUGACUAUAGCUGGCUUCGACUGAAGUCUAUAAAAAUAGUAUUGAAUCUUCAUAUCUACUAGCAGUUCUUGCAUUAAUGGCGCCUUGGGUGAGCUCAUCUUCCUGCCACCACAUAGCCAAUCAAAAUUGCAGGAAAUCCUCAAAUUUCGAAGGGGAGUCCCCCCCCCACAAAGGAUAUGAACACUCUCCCUUCUCUCAGCAGCAACCAGGGGGUGCCAACUCUCCGCUGACUACACGUGCAUGAAAGUCAUAGAAAACCCCGUUUAAGCUUUCUGCUCUUUGUAAAAAUUGUGUCGUCCGCCUUCAUGGCUCAUAUUUUAAGGAACUGAGACUGUGUAGACAUAACUUCAUGUAUUUUCUCGGUAAUUAAUAUUCCAUGUGCUUUAGAAUGAUCAACAUUAGUUAAUGAUUAAAAGAGCAAUGAGAAAACACUAGGAAAACCAUUAAGUUUGAAGUAAAAAAUAAUAUAUACACUGGCAUAUUUCAUGUUGAACAAUUGUAUUUUACAGAUCACGUAUCUCAUGAGUUAAAAAUAUAAUUUCGAACAAACGGCGACUAAAAAAAAUAUAUUAAAUGCUUAGUCCUAAAAUGUACUGGUUCACCCCAAUGGAGGCUGGCUUAAGUGAUUAAUGUAACGUUACCAACUGGCAACAAGAAGCUCUCUAAUAUAAUGUUUGACCUCGUCUGCCAUGGUAUCCAAACACCUAAAACUAAUAGACAUUUGUUUGUUUAAUGCUUAUAUUGUACCCUGGACCCCAGAAGUUAGCUCGACUCCCAUCGACUUUCCAUUACUCCCCCAUAGGGGCCCAAGUACCCGGAUGUGUUAAAUCUAUCUAUACAGCGCUGUACUCUCCACAAAAUGUAGUGCACUAUAUAGUUAGUAGUUUGAGAUUCGUCCUGUGUUUCAUAGCAUUACUCCAAUAAGGCAGGCACGUCCUGUUUGGUGUUUGUGUUUUUUUUUUUCCUUGGAGAAAAAAAAAAAAGUUCAACAAGUUUGCAGUAACUGCCUCUUAUAGUGUUAAAAACGCUGCAUUUCAGGCAGCGGAGUCUGUUUCGGUGGCCCCCUUUCUUUUGUUUUUGUUUUUUUUCUCUCAUAGAAUGAGACAAGCCAUGACAACUAAAAUAAACAUUCUCAAGGGCUUCCUCUGACUGCACACACAUACAUAAUCACACAUGUUCAGGCUCACACCGUAUAGGAAGAAUCAACUUAUCCUUUAUGGCAGCUAGUAGCUAGGUCAUCCAGGGCUUCCAGACACUUCUUGUGUUCCAAUCCCAGCAGCUGCAGAAUGUUUUUUGCUGUUUUUAUGUUUAAUCAGUUUUCCAGUCGUCUCUGCGCGCUCAUCUCAUUCGGGUCCUGUUGGUGUGUAGUGUGACGUUCCCCACUGACCAGGACGGGUUGCAGGGUUUAUGUUUUUAUAUUUUAAGAGACGACGAACAGUGAAUUAUACAAGUUAUGCUUUUGGUGCUCCAGUUAGUUUCAGCGUGGUUGCAGUUCUUUGCUGCUUUUCGAAAGGUUCGCAUUCACACACAUAUAUAUAUAUAUAUACAUAUGGUUUUUUUGUAACGGUAGGAGAAAAUGCAACCCGGGAGCUGGAACUUGCUAAGUCUCUACAAAGACUCAUCCAUGGUGCUUUUGGUGCAACUCCCUACUGAGUCUCAGAGACGAACAAACCCACUCGUUAUAGCGAGGGGCCGCCAUUUACUUCUCAGAACAACAACCACCACCACCACCCCAACAUCCCCCACCAGCCCCGGGUGCACCGUAGACCCGACGGUUCCCCCGCUCUCGUUCUCGUUGCGUUCCGACCGACAACAAGCCCCCCCUUUUUCCCGCCCUUCCUGUCGGAUCCGUUGCUGUUGUUUCGCGUCUUCAAACUGGGACCAGAUGCCGGGCUGUCUGAAUGAGCACAUCUGUGAUGACUGGUGCGAGUCUGUUGAGGCCCUUUCUUUGAAACUGUCCAGGCUGACGUGUUGAAGAAUAAAUUGUUGUAUUCUGCCAGAUGGGUUUUCAUGUUAAAUCUUUGAGCAUUUUUUAUUGUUUUUUUUUCUGGCCAACGAGCAAAUGUUAGGGUUGAUGUACAGUAAUUUUAAAUGUUAAAAAGGUUAAAAAAAAUUUAUUUUCAGAUUGACUUUUUAAGGAUUUUUUUUGUCUUUUUUUUUUUUAGCUAAUUGUGUCCCCAUCCCCCAAUUCCUUCCUUUUAAAGUUUGAAAACAGGGUUUCCUGAGGCAUGCGAGUCAGUGACCUCCGACCUUUUUUUUUUUGUGAUUAGAGGGGGGAUGCUAAGAGAGCCGUGCCAGGGAAGGGGGUAACAGACUCCCCUCAAGCCCCCUGCUCUCUCCUAUUUUUGCUUUAAUUCUCUUUGUAUGCAGAACCAAAAUGUUUAAACCGUCGGCGAACUAGGUUUCAGGCCUAACCUGUGUGUGUAAAUACCCUGGAUACAAUCAACAGGAUCUUGUUUUUCAAAAGCAAAAAGGACUUAAUUGAAGAUAAGUGUAGUUUCUAAAGAACAUGUAUCAUUAUUUGUAAGUUAACCAUCUGCAUGUCUUCAAAGCCACCCGGCAUUAGCUAAUAAUUUUUAAGAUGAAAAACAAAAAAAGUUUUUACAUGUUUUAUUUUUUACGAUUUUAUUUGCUUACCUAAAUAUCCCAGACAAUAAUGUGACCCUUUUUAUUACUUCAAAAUUUUUAUUUUUUAUUUUCCACUUUUUAUUUUUGUUUGUUUUCCUUUAUUUCCUGUGUACUACAUAUAGGCAAUUUAUAACAAAAUGAGAAAAAUUAUUGAAGAAAUUUUAAAAUUGAAAUAUAUUUUAUUUGAAAGUUUAUGGACCUUUUAACCGUGAGCCGGAGAAAUUGUAUAAUCGUAUAAUUUGAGCUGACUUAACGGUUAUGAGAAAUGUAUCAAGAGUUUUAUUUUUUAUGCUUCUUUAAUAAAGUCUUGUUUUUUGGUUUCAUUUUUUUACUGUAAAAAAUA